AAACCAAAGCAGUAACGCACGUUGAAACACACCAACCAACGCGGCUGAUGAAACAUCCUGCUCUGUCAGGAACAACAGUAACAACAGGACAUCGAACAUCGCGGAAGAAAUUAAAAUCGCAGGAUGCGAAGCAGCGGACAAAAAUAGGUAUUGCCUUCAAAAUGGAUGCUGCUGAAGAAACUGAAAAGUUUCCUGAUAGAUCACAGUUGCCUCCCGCAUCCUGUGUGUCCAUGAAAAGUGAUGGCUCCAUGAAGAAUCCUCUCAAUUUCACCAAGGAAAAUACAGAUAGCUCAGUUAAAUUUGAGAAAUCAGACGUGACUGCAUUAAGCAGUGUGUCCAUGAAAAGUAACGCUGCCACAGAGAAUCGUCAUGACUUCACCACGGAAAAUAGAGUCCAGCAUGACUGUUUGGAAUCAACAGAGAUGGAUGGAAAUGCCAUAUUUAAGUUGGUGGAAACCCACGGCAUGAACAUUUUUAAGAGUGAGCUGAAAAGGUAUGAAAGGAUGCUCUUUCCACACCAAUCACAAUCUUCUGAGGGAGAAAAACAGGACGAAGACAGCUUGAUUACUGAAGAUGCCAGUGAGGGGGUUCUGAAGAUAACAUUGCACGUCUUAAAGGAAAUGGGUCACAGUGCUCUUGCAAACAAACUGGAGAAACACAUUUAUGGUGAGCUUGAUGUCUGCCAGCGUAAACUCCGACACAAAUUGAGAAAGUUUGAAUACAUUUUCGAGGGAGUAGCACAGCAUGGGAACCAGACACUUCUGAGCAAAGUGUACACCAAGCUCUACAUCACAGAGGGAGUCAGUGGAACUGUUAAUAAUGAACAUGAGGUCAGGCAGAUUGAGGCUGCAACCAGGAGACCAGCAACAGAAGAUAAGCCUAUCAAGUGUGAAGACAUCUUUAAGCCACUACCUGGACAAGAUCAGUUCAUCAGAACUGUCCUGACCAAAGGAAUAGCUGGCAUUGGAAAAACUAUAUCUGUGCAUAAGUUUAAUCUGGAAUGGGCAGAGGGAAGAGUUAACCAGGAUAUCCAGCUCCUAAUUAAUCUUCCAUUUCGAGAGCUGAAUCUGAUGAAGAGACACUACACACUUACACAGCUUCUACAUCAUUUUCUUGCAGAGGCAAAAGAAUCAGGAAUUUCAGAUUUUGGCAAAUAUAAGCUUGUGCUGAUAUUUGAUGGGCUGGAUGAGUGCCGCCUUCCCCUGGACUUUGACCACAAUGAGCCUUGCUGUAGUGUCUCAGAGCCAGCAGUAGUGGAUGUACUACUGACAAAUCUCAUCAAGGGGAACCUGCUGCCCUCUGCACACAUCUGGAUUACCUCCAGGCCUGCAGCUGCAGAUCACAUUCCAUCUUAUCUUGUUCAUCGUGUGACAGAGAUACGAGGGUUCAACGACCCUCAGAAGGACGAGUACUUCAGGAAGAAAAUCUCUGAUCAAAACAUGGCCAGUAGAGUCAUCUCACAUGUCAAGUCAUCAAAGAGUCUCCAUAUCAUGUGUCACAUACCAGUUUUCAGCUGGAUAUCUGCCACAGUUCUGCAGAGCAUUUUAGAAGAAACAGACAUGGGGAGAGUAAAGGAGGAUGGAGGCAGAAGAGAAAUGCCUGAGACUCUGGCACAAAUGUACACACAUUUUCUGUUAUACGUGAUCAAAACUCGGAAGUAUUCAGCAGGAAAGGAGGCAUCUGAAGCACAGUCCCAGGUCAAAAUGGAUGAAGAUACCAUCUUAAAGCUUGGAAAACUGGCUUUUGAGCACCUGGUGAAAGGCAACUUUAUCUUCUAUGAGUAUGAACUGAAUGAAUACAAUAUCAACAUCAGUGAUGCUGCAGUGUGUUCAGGAGUGUUCACACAGAUCUCAAAGGAUGGAUUUCAUCUGGAGAGGGCCUAUUGCUUUGUGCAUCUCAGCAUACAGGAGUUUUUUGCUGCAGUGUACAUUUUUCACUCAUUCAUCUGCUUCAAUCAGAACUUGCUGGAACCAAAGGAAACCACCACCAUCCAGGAGGCUCCCACUGAAGUAACUGACCUCCUCAAGUGUGCAGUGGAUAAGGCCCUCCAGAGUACGAACGGACAUCUAGAUCUUUUUCUUCGUUUCCUUCUGGGCCUCUCACAGACAGCCAAUCAGUCUUUGUUGAGAAGUGUUCUGACCACAAUGGGGAGCAGUUCACAAAAAAAUGAGGAAAUUCUUAAGUAUAUCAAGGAGAAGAUCAGGGAAAGUCCUGCCUUAGAGAGAUGUUUCAAUCUCUUCCACUGCCUCAGGGAGCUGAAUGAUCAGUCUCUUUUUGAGGAAGUCCAAAACUACCUGAGCUCUGGUAGUUUGUCAGAAACCGAGCUAUCACCUUUACAGUGGUCUACUCUGGCCUACUUGUUGCAGACCUCACAGGAAGAGUUGGUUGAGUUUGACCUGAGGAAAUAUUCAAGAUCAGAAGAGGGUCUUAAGGGGCUAUUACCAGUGAUCAAAGAAUCCAGCAUAGCCUUGCUUAAAGAGUGCAACCUCACAGAGAAAUGCUGCAGAGCACUUGGAGAAGCUCUAAGCACUUCAUGUCUGAAAGAGCUGGACCUGAAUGAUAAUGAUCUGCAAGACUCGGGAGUAGAACUGCUGUCUGUCGGACUAGCAAGUCCAACAUGUCGGCUGAAAAAACUGAGGUUGGCUUUCUGUGGAGUCACAGAGACUGGCUGCAGGUUUUUGGUUGAAGCUCUAAGGUCCAACCCCUCCCACUUGAAGGAACUGGAUCUAAGUUACAAUCAUCCAGGGCAACUGGGGAUGGAGCUGCUGACGUCUGCGCAGAAGGACAUUGAACACCUAUCCAUCAGCUUGAACGACGAUGCGGAGUGCUACUUAAAAUCAGCGCUAAAGAAAUAUGCAUGUGAGCUUACUAUGGAGGUGAAUUCAGCCCAUUCACAGCUAUUGUUUUCUGAAGACUACAAAAAAAUGACACGAAUGGAAACAGCUCAACCAUAUCCUGACAGCCCUGAGAGAUUUACAGACUGGGGACAAGUGCUUUGUAAAGAGGGUCUGUCCGGUCGUUGCUACUGGGAAGCAGAAUGGACUGGAGAAUGGACAGGUAUCGGAGUGGCUUAUAAAGAAAUCAGCAGGAAAGCAAAAGGUAAUGACUCUGUCCUUGGCUAUAAUGACCAGUCCUGGAGUCUACGCUACUGUAAUGGCAAAUACACCGCCUGGUACAACAAGAAUAAUGCAACCAUAUCUGUCCCCUACUUCGACUCCAAAAGGGUUGGAGUAUUCUUAGAUUGGUCAGCUGGCACUCUGUCCUUCUACGUUGUAUCAUCAAACGCCAUGACUCACCUGCAUACGUUCCAUAACCGAUUCUCUGAACCUCUGUAUCCAGGCUUCAGGUUGGGAAAUCCAAAUACUUCAUUAACUGUGUGCCAGCCUAAAUAUCCUUAAAUACCCAUUUUCAAUGUAUAUGUUCACAAAACAUGUACAUAGAAUAAAUCAAGACUGAAAAAAUAUGCAAAUAAUACAAACAUUAUGAGGAAAAUGAGUAUUUCGGAUUUAUUUAUUUAUUUUAAAUUCUCGUCAACUAUAUGUCCCAGUCAAGUUUUCUUGCAGAACUCUCACUAAUUGUAAAUCUUGUGUAAAACAUCAUAUUUUAAAAGUGCUAUUUUAGCUUUAACUUUUUAGCUUUUUUCCCCUUACUCUGAAAAGUUGCUGUCUAGUGUGUGCAAAAAUAUGCAGUCAGCUAGGCAUAACCAGUUAGCUAGGAGUUUCCAUCUAGCUACCACUUCACCAAUUUAUCAUUUAGAAGUAUACAUCCUUAUGUGUUGUAGCAGUUUAAAACAUGGUGUAUGUCUUUAAUCUGCGCAGGGCAGGUUAUAUGAUAAUAGAACAAUAUUCAAAGACUAAACUGCAUAUCUGAACUGCAAUAUACAACUGAAUGUUAAUAUGCUUUUUAAGGCCAAGUGUAUUGCUGCAGAUCCCACCCAUCCGGGCAACAGACUGUUUGUACUGCUUUCUUCUAGGAAACGGUACAGAAACAUAAAAACAUGCACCACCAGACUGAAAUACAGCUUCUUCCCCAGAGCUGUGAAAUCCAUCUCCCCCCUGCAGACACACACACACACACACACACACACACACACACACACACACACACACACACACCACUCCCACAGACCACCAGACCCCUGCAGGAUCACACACACUCACUCAUCAGGCUUUAAAGAAAGACUGGAACUUUCACUGUGCUGCAAUUUCUCACAUUCCUCCAUUGCACAUAUUAUUUUAUUUUAUAUUGUACAUAUCAUUUUUAUCUUAUUUUGUUCUAUACUACUUUAUUAUUCUUUUGCACAUAUGUAUAGUGUGUUUAUAGUUGGUUUUUUGUUUCUGUGUAUUUUAAAUACAUGUAAAAUGUAUUGUGCCUUCUUCAAAGCCGAAAGCUACCAACAAAAUUUUGUUAUGUGCAAGCAUAAUGACAAUAAAGAAUUCUUGAUUAACUAUUACAUCAUAUUCCAAUGUAUAUGAGUUGAUUGAUAGGACCAUGAUCAUUGUGUGACAGUGUUGAAAAAAUGUACAGUAGAGAUUAAAUGAGCAUGUCAAGCCAAACAAUGAAAUAAAUAAUGUCAAAACGUUA